AUGUGUUUUAUGUCUUGCAUUAACAGAGGUCCUCAUUUUAGGGAGGGCAACACGGUGGUUACCGGAAACUACUCAACCGCGUCGAUCAAAUUCCAUCUCCUUCGAAAAGAAUUGGCGGCUUUCCAAGCGAUGACGUGGCUCUCCAGAACCUUCUCCACCGCCGCUUCUCGUCCUCUCCGCGUCUGCAUCGUCGGAAGUGGACCCGCCGGCUUCUACACGGCGGAGAAGAUGCUGAAGGCGCACCAGGAAGCUGAGGUUGACAUCAUUGACCGGUUGCCCACGCCGUUCGGUUUAGUCCGCUCCGGCGUAGCACCGGACCAUCCUGAGACCAAGAUUGUGGUGAACCAGUUUACUAGAGUUGCGCAACACCAACGGUGCUCAUUCUUCGGAAAUGUCACUCUUGGAUCCUCUGUCACCCUUCCCGAGCUCCGCGAGCUAUAUGAUGUGGUUGUGCUUGCAUAUGGUGCAGAAAGUGAUAGGGUUCUCGGUAUACCAGGAGAAGAUUUGGGUGGCAUAUAUGCAGCUAGAGAAUUUGUGUGGUGGUAUAAUGGGCAUCCGAAUUCCAGAUACCUUAAUCCUGACUUGACGAGUUCGGAUACAGCUGUAAUUCUUGGCCAGGGAAAUGUAGCUCUUGAUGUCGCACGCAUUCUUUUACGACCAGUAACAGAAUUGGCCACAACUGAUAUUGCUAGCCAUGCUUUAUCUGCUCUUGCGAAGAGCUCUAUAAGGAAAGUAUAUUUGGUCGGAAGGCGGGGUCCGGCACAAGCAGCUUGUACUGCUAAAGAGUUGCGUGAAAUUCUUGGUGUAAAAGAUCUGCAUGUUCACAUAAAGGCAGCUGAUCUACUGAAAACCCCAGCAGAUGAAGAAGAGAUAAAGAAUAAUCGAAUUCGAAAAAGGGUUUAUGAGUUGCUGUCUAAGGCUGCUACUUCUAGACCUUUGCACCCUAGUUCAGAUCCACGUGAACUCCACUUUGUUUUCUUUCGAAAGCCAGAGAAGUUUCUAGAAUCUGAUGAGAGAACUGGUCAUAUUGCUGGUGUCAGGCUUGAGAAAACAAAGCUUAUAGGUGUGAGUCCCGGUGAACAAAUGGCUGCAGGUACUGGCCAAUUUGAAGAUCUUGGAUGCGGAAUUGUUCUAAAGAGCAUUGGAUACAAAUCAGUACCAGUUAAUGGCUUACCUUUUGAUGAUUGGAAAGGUGUGGUUCCAAAUGUUAGGGGUCGAGUUUUAAGUGAUACAUCCGGAGAUCAUACACGGGUAGAGAAGGCUUUGUAUGUAUGUGGAUGGUUGAAAAGAGGACCAACUGGGAUCAUUGCUACAAACCUCUAUUGUGCAGAAGAAACUGUUGCAAGUAUAUCUGAAGACCUUAAGCAAGGUGUGGUGACAUUCUCAUCAUCUAGCUCAGGCAGGGAGGGUCUCCUCCAAUUGCUGGACAACCGAAAUGUGAGAGCUGUACCAUUUAAUAGAUGGGAAAAGAUAGACUCACUAGAAAGAGAGCUUGGGAAUUUAAAGGACAAGCCCCGGGAAAAAUUAGCCACAUGGGAGGAGCUCGAGAAAGCAUCAGAAGAGUAAUUGAAUGUAAAAGGCCGUCUUUCAAGAUCUUCAAUAGUUCAUCGUCUCCCAUCAAUUCAUGAAAUACGGACCCAAAUAUUCUUAUGGAUACAUAAAGUUGUUGUAUCGCACUACGCCACUGCCUACCUGUGCAUGCAUGCCAGCAUAACAAGCUUCGACCAAGCUUAGAACAGGCCCCUAGUUAUACUGAUAUGCUUCGACCAAGCUUGGAACGUUCUAGUUGCGGUUUUAGAUUGAUAGGUACAAAUAAAGCAGAACACUUGG